CCCGCCCCGCCCGCCGGUGCCGGUGCCGGUGCCGGGGCCGGCUCGGGGAAAGUUGCGGCGAGCCCCGGGCGCGGAGGCAGAGCCGGCGGCCGCGGGGGACCGGGGCGCGGCGACACCGGGCGCGGCGACACCGGGCACGGCGACACCGGCGGCACCGGCCGAGCAUCCCCCGGGGCGAUGGAGCCGCCGCGGAGCCUCCCGGGGCUGGAGCGGGAGCGCGGCGCGCUGGACGCGGCCGGAGGGUGCCCGUCCCCGCUGGACGCCAAGGCCGUGCCCGGCAGGAAGGUCUGGGUCAAGCUGCGGGCGCUGCUGCGCUACCUGGUGAAGCAGCUGGAGGCGGGCGAGGUGAGCGUGGAGGAGCUGAAGCGCAACCUGGAGUGCGCGGCCUCGCUGCUCGAGGCGGUGUGCAUCGACGAGACCAGGCAGGUGCUGGACACGGAGGACGAGCUGCGGGAGAUGGGCUCGGACGCGGCCGUGCCCUCCGAGGUGCGCGACUGGCUGGCGGCCACCUUCACGCAGCAGGCGCGGGCCAAGGGCCGCCGCGCCGAGGAGAAACCCAAAUUCCGCAGCAUCGUGCACGCCGUGCAGGCCGGCAUCUUCGUGGAGAGGAUGUUCCGCCGGACGUACACGGCCGUGGGGCCGAGCUACUCCUCCUCCGUCCUCAACUGCCUGAAGGGGCUGGACCAGUGGUGCUUUGACGUGUUCUCGCUGCACCGCGCGGCCGAGGAGCACUCGCUGCGCACCGUGGUGUUCGAGCUCUUCACCCGCCACAACCUCAACAGCCGCUUCAAGAUUCCCGGCGCGUUCCUGACGUCGCUGCUGGAGGCGCUGGAGGGCGGCUACGGAAAGUUCCGGAACCCCUACCACAACCAGGUGCACGCGGCCGACGUCACCCAGACCGUGCACUGCUUCCUGCUGCGCACCGGCAUGCUGCACUGCCUGUCCGAGAUCGAGCUCCUGGCCAUCGUCUUCGCCGCCGCCAUCCACGACUUCGAGCACACGGGGACAACGAACAGCUUCCACAUCCAGACCAAGUCGGACACCGCCAUGCUGUACAACGACCGCUCGGUGCUGGAGAACCACCACAUCAGCGCCGUGUUCCGCCUGAUGCAGGACGAGGAGCUCAACAUCUUCGUCAACCUCACCAAGGACGAGUUCGCGGAGCUGCGGGCGCUGGUCAUCGAGAUGGUCCUGGCCACCGACAUGUCCUGCCACUUCCAGCAGGUCAAGUCCAUGAAGACGGCGCUGCAGCAGCUGGAGAGGCUGGACAAGUCCAAGGUGCUGUCGCUGCUGCUGCACGCGGCCGACAUCAGCCACCCCACCAAGCAGUGGGCGGUGCACAGCCGCUGGACCAAGGCGCUCAUGGAGGAGUUCUUCCGGCAGGGGGACAAGGAGGCCGAGCUGGGGCUGCCCUUCUCGCCCCUCUGCGACCGCACCUCCACGCUGGUGGCCCAGUCGCAGAUCGGGUUCAUCGACUUCAUCGUGGAGCCGACGUUCUCGGUGCUCACCGACGUGGCCGAGAAGUUGGUGACGCCGCUGGCCGAGGACGGCUCCAAGGCCAAGGGCAACCCCGCGGCCACCCAGCAGCCCAGCUCGCAGUGGCGGCAGCCGUCCCUGGAUGAGCACCUGGAGCUGGGGGACAUCAAAGCCGACCUGGCCGGGUUCCGCUCCACCUGGACCAAGCACAUCCAGGAGAACAAGCAGAAGUGGAAGGAGAGGGCGGCCAGCGGCAUCACCAACCAGGCGUCCAUCGAUGAGCUGUCCCCGUGCGAGGAGCCCGCGGCCACCGGCGCCCACAGCGAGAACGGGGACGUGGAAUAGCGGCGGGAGCAGCCAGGUCCUUGUUCGGCCGAGUGACACCGUCUUGUCUUCGACGCCAUCGAGUUCAGCACCAUCCGCAGGGCAGGAGCCCCCGGGGCCGGGCUCGGACCGGUGCCACCCCCGUGCCAGGACCGGUGCCAUCCCUGUGCCAGGACCGGUGUCACCGCUGUGCCAGGAGCCCCCCGGGCUGUCCCCUGUGUCCCGGUGUCACCGGUCCCUCACUGCCACCCCCGGCCCCCGCCGGGCUCGGUCCUUCGGGAUUUUUAAAAACGCUUUUCCCGCGCGGGAGGGGCUGGGCUGGGACGGUGGCACUGGGGACAGCUGGGGGGACACGCUGGGGACAGCUGGGGGUGACACACUGGGGACAGCCGGGGGGACACGCUGGGGACAGCCGGGGGUGACAGGGGAC